AUGAUAUAUUGCAAUCAUCUUCAUACAGAUCUAUUUAUUAUCUUCACGAAAUUGGUGUGUUGUUACUGCUACGCUGGCUACGAUCUAUUCCAGGGUUUCAAUGUUGAAGAUAUCGGCAGACGCGUAUCCUCUAUUAUAACAACAACAUCUUCAACAACCACAAAUUCAACAAACGUAAACAGAACGUCGAUACCAGAUAACACAAUAAAUAAAAUAAACCAAACCGAAUGUAUGGAAGAGGAACGGCCUGAGAAUAUAGGUACUUUCGAAGUGCCAACACAUAGAGAUAUAGUGUCAAUGAUGAAAACCAUGUUACUCAAAUCAUUUACUGCACACCAUCAAAAAGUGCUUACUUUAGUUAAAAAUAUGAAACAGGCAACAAAAGCAGCAAAACUUCUAGAAAACACAUGCGAAAUAAAUAAUGUGCCUUUAUACAAAAAAUGUAUAGAUCAAGUCAAAGCGCAAAGUGAUAUUGCUAUAAAGAAUCUUCUGGUUGAAGUCGAUCAUCAAAAGAUGGCUGUUAAUUCUAUUACUGAGGAAAAAAUCUGUAGUCUAUCGCUAAUGAAAUCGGAUCCAUUAGAACUUAUCAUUACGCUGGCACAAGAAAAUGUUUCAUUGGAAUUUGCGUUACCGGGAUUCCUACGAUCACUUAGUGCUUGCUCUUAUUACUGCUCACAAUAAAUGCA